CCCACUCAGCAAGCCUAAAUGAGGCACAAGAGCCUCCCACCUCAUUAUCAUACAGCGCGCGUCCCCGGGGCUCAGGGAGCGCGUCUCCGACCAGCCCAGCUCUGACAUCAAUCACAUACAGCAGCAGCAGCCCCACCAUGGCGGUCAAGCUCACAAAAAGAGCUGAUCCUACUGAGUUGAAGGCUAUAUUUCUGCAGUACGCCAGCGUUGAGCAGGAUGGGGAACAUUACAUGACUGCGUCUGACUUUGUGCAGAAAUACCUUGGACUGCACAAUGAUUCGCAUUACAAUCCCAAGACUGUGGAGCUGCUAGGAGGAGUCGCUGACACCACCAAAGAUGGGUUGAUCUCCUUCCAAGAGUUUCUGGCAUUCGAAUCCGUGUUGUGUGCCCCUGAUGCUAUGUUCAUUGUGGCUUAUCAGUUAUUUGAUAAGAGCGGGACUGCUGAGGUAACAUUCGAGAACGUUAAGGAAAUAUUCGGACAGACCAUGAUUCACCAUCAUAUCCCUUUCAACUGGGAUUGUGAAUUUAUCCGGCUUCACUUCGGGCACAACCGGAAAAAGCAUCUUUCCUACUUGGAGUUUACGGAGUUCUUACAGGAGCUGCAGCAAGAGCAUGCCCGACAAGCAUUUGCACAGAAGGACAAAAAUAAAAGUGGCAUUAUUUCUGCCCUGGAUUUCCACGAUAUUAUGGUUACUAUACGGUCACACAUGCUUACUCCAUUUGUUGAAGAAAAUCUGGUCUCUGCUGCUGGGGGAACCAUCUCCCAUCAAGUCAGCUUCUCCUACUUCAAUGCUUUCAACUCUUUGCUGAAUAAUAUGGAGCUUGUACGAAAGAUAUACAGCACUUUAGCGGGCUCAAGACGUGACUUGGAAGUCACCAAAGAGGAAUUUGCUAGUUCUGCAAACAAAUUUGGACAGAUUACUCCACUGGAAAUUGACAUCCUGUUCCAGCUUGCAGAUCUAUACAAUGCUACAGGACGUCUAACUUUGGCAGAUAUUGAGCGAACAGCUCCCCUAGAGGAAGGAGCACUGCCUUACAACUUAGCUGAAAUCCAAAGACAGCAAUCCUACAGUGACGUGGGAAGACCUAUCUGGCUCCAGGCUGCUGAGUCUGCUUACAGAUUCACUUUAGGUUCAAUUGCUGGAGCUGUGGGAGCUACAGCUGUUUAUCCUAUAGACCUUGUGAAGACGCGGAUGCAGAACCAGCGUUCCUCAUUUGUUGAAGAGCUGAUGUAUAAAAACAGUUUAGACUGUGCAAAAAAAGUAAUACGCUAUGAAGGCGUUUUUGGACUUUACAGAGGUCUGCUGCCACAGCUCGUAGGAGUUGCACCUGAGAAGGCUAUUAAACUGACGGUUAAUGAUUUUGUUCGAGACAAGUUUACUCAGCGAGAUGGCUCAAUUCCCUUACUGGCUGAAGUGUUGGCUGGCAGCUGUGCAGGAGGCUCCCAAGUCAUUUUCACAAACCCACUGGAAAUUGUCAAGAUUCGCUUGCAGGUCGCUGGAGAAAUUACCACCGGCCCCAGGGUCAGCGCUGUAACUGUUAUCAGAGAUUUGGGCUUCUUCGGGCUUUAUAAGGGGGCCAAAGCCUGCUUUCUGCGUGACAUCCCGUUCUCUGGCAUCUACUUCCCGGUCUACGCGCACUGUAAGGCUCAGUUUGCUGAUGAGCAGGGACACAUAGGAGCGCUGCAGCUCCUGACAGCUGGCGCCAUCGCAGGUGUACCUGCAGCUUCCUUAGUAACCCCUGCUGAUGUCAUCAAGACAAGACUGCAAGUGGCGGCUCGAGCCGGGCAAACGACAUACACUGGAGUUAUUGACUGCUUUAGAAAAAUCCUCAAAGAAGAGGGCUCAAGGGCAUUUUGGAAAGGAGCUGGAGCUCGAGUUUUACGGUCCUCCCCCCAAUUUGGUGUCACCCUGGUGACCUAUGAACUCCUGCAGAGAUGGUUACAUGUUGACUUUGGAGGGAUCAAGCCCGCAGGUUCAGAGCCUGCUCCAAAGACUAGGAUCUCCGACCUCCCUCCUGCACAACCCGAUCAUAUAGGAGGCUACAGACUGGCAACUGCAACAUUUGCUGGAAUAGAAAACAAAUUUGGGCUUUAUCUGCCAAAAUUUAAGCCUGCAGCUGCGGCUCCUCCCCAGGCCAAAGCUUCGCCCUCUGUAUAAUGCACAUACGCCGGCCUGUUCUAAGGGUGCAAUACAUAUAGUAUUUAAUGACGCAGCAUGGUACAGUAUCUCUCGUCAGUUGCAUGUGGGUAUAUCCAGGCUGCUUUGUCCCAUUCUGCAUAAUAUAAUCAUUUGUUGAGAGGCGAGUCACCUGUUUGCACAGAAAAGAGCUUCAUUCGGCAUCUAGAAUGUAUCUUUGUUUCCUGAAGAGAGCAUGUGGUUUUUGUUUUUUUAAUUAUUAUUAUUAGACUGCUUUACACAGCGUCGCACUUGUUACUGUACAUAUUGUACAUCUGUACAGAGACAUCUGAGCACAUGGGGUGUCUGUUACUCUUUUUACAAGUGGGUGGCAGAAAAUGUACAGGACAUAUUGGAGGUGUUUUAUUAAGAACCCUGGGAUAAUCGAAUGUAUUAAUUAAAAUUUCAGUUCAACAUUUAAUCAUUUUGAUGUAUUUUAUGGAAAAUAAAUCAUUAAUGUUUGAA